ACUGAAAAUUUUAUGAGGGCAGCUAUCGUGUCUAGCUGUGUUAGGGGCGUAUCCCCAGUGCCUAGCAAAUGUCUAGCAUACAAGACGUCCUUCAAUAAACACAGAAAUACUUGUUUAAUGAAUGAAUAGACAUUCUCGAAAGAUCACAAGAUACCUGUUCAGCCACGAAGAAGACUGCACUGUGCACUGCUUUUCAAAGACAUGGCAGUGAAAUCAGAUGCCUUUCAAACUCUAAGCCUAAGCAGUAUUGGCAUUCCGUUCUCGGUUUCCUGGCUGUCACAACCACAGUCCCUUAGCCCGAAGCGAAACCCCCUCCGCGCUCCGCCCGCUGGCUAGGUACCAAGUCUCGCGGCCCCACCCACCGCGCAAGCGCGCCCCCUCUUUGGCUGGGGCGCUAACCUCGGGAGGGCGGGGCGCCGCCGCGAGCCACCACUGGCACAGGGUGACGUCGCUCCGCCGCGCAGCUGGAAGCCUGCGAAGUCAAAUAGCAGCCGCGGGGAGGCUCGUUCCCAUCGGCAUCUGUGAUUGGCUGCGAUCGAGGGCCCGGGCGGCCGGCCAGCCGUCUCGCCGAGUGCCGACUGGCCGGAUCUGCUGUCAGUCAGCGGGAACAGACUUCUCCCUCUCCAUCUGGUCAACUGCGGGAGAAAAAUUUUCGAGAAUUUCCAGCAGGCAAGGCAGUGGCCGCUUUGACUGCUUGCUUCGGAGAUCCGAGACGACGGAGAAGGCACUCUUAUUUACCGACCAAGAAAGCUCCUCCCCCGUCCUCCGUUAGCUAAUUAAAACAUUUUUCAGGGACGUAGCCAUCCAGAGACAUUCCAUUAUUGUUCCAUUGACCUUUCCCUCAUCACUGAGUCCUUUGGAGCUGAGUUAUGUCAACAGCUGCCUUAAUUACUUUGGUCAGAAGUGGUGGGAACCAGGUGAGAAGGAGAGUGCUGCUAAGCUCCCGCCUGCUGCAGGACGACAGGCGGGUGACACCCACGUGCCACAGCUCCACUUCAGAGCCUAGGUGUUCUCGGUUUGACCCAGACGGUAGUGGGAGUCCAGCUACCUGGGACAAUUUUGGGAUCUGGGAUAACCGCAUUGAUGAGCCAAUUCUGCUGCCACCCAGCAUUAAGUAUGGCAAGCCAAUUCCCAAAAUCAGCUUGGAAAAUGUGGGGUGCGCCUCACAGAUUGGCAAACGGAAAGAGAAUGAAGAUCGGUUUGACUUCGCUCAGCUGACAGAUGAGGUCCUGUACUUUGCAGUGUAUGAUGGACAUGGUGGACCUGCAGCAGCUGAUUUCUGUCAUACCCACAUGGAGAAAUGUAUUAUGGAUUUGCUUCCUAAGGAGAAGAACUUGGAAACUCUGUUGACCUUGACUUUUCUAGAAAUAGAUAAAGCCUUUUCGAGUCAUGCCCGCCUGUCUGCUGAUGCAACUCUUCUGACCUCUGGGACUACUGCAACAGUAGCCCUAUUGCGAGAUGGUAUUGAACUGGUUGUAGCCAGUGUUGGGGACAGCCGGGCUAUUUUGUGUAGAAAAGGAAAACCCAUGAAGCUGACCAUUGACCAUACUCCAGAAAGAAAAGAUGAAAAAGAAAGGAUCAAGAAAUGUGGUGGUUUUGUAGCUUGGAAUAGUUUGGGGCAGCCUCACGUAAAUGGCAGGCUUGCAAUGACAAGAAGUAUUGGAGAUUUGGACCUUAAGACCAGUGGUGUCAUAGCAGAACCUGAAACUAAGAGGAUUAAGUUACAUCAUGCUGAUGACAGCUUCCUGGUCCUCACCACAGAUGGAAUUAACUUCAUGGUGAAUAGUCAAGAGAUUUGUGACUUUGUCAAUCAGUGCCAUGAUCCCAACGAAGCAGCCCAUGCGGUGACUGAACAGGCAAUACAGUAUGGUACUGAGGAUAACAGUACUGCAGUAGUAGUGCCUUUUGGUGCCUGGGGAAAAUAUAAGAACUCUGAAAUCAACUUCUCAUUCAGCAGAAGCUUUGCCUCCAGUGGACGAUGGGCCUGAUUACCAGCUGGGACUUAGAGUUUCUGUGCAACAGUUUUUCACUGAGCAUGUCAAGAAACUGAUAAGAUCAAAAAGGUCUCCUAACUCACUAGAUCAGCGCACAAGUCAGUGUAAACCACUUACGUAGUAGUUUUUUCAUAAAUGCUCAUCAUAUUUAUGUUCAGCUGUGCAUGUUCAGUAUAAAUAUAUGUGUAGUGAAGCUACUGUGAGUCUUUAAAUGGAAAGAGCAAAUGAGAAGUGGUUUGGAUAUACUUGAUGAGAGAUGAGAGUGUCACAUUAAUAAUUUUUAAGACUCUUAGGCAGCUAAUGGGUUUCUUUUGAUCAUUUUUGUUCUUUAUUCAUUUGAACACGUUUUUGAAGUUCUUCAAAACUAGUCAGUUUGAAUUUUGACAGCUAUUCAAUAUGUGAUCUCCAAGUUUAAAAAAAUUUUUUCCCAGACUUCCCUAAUCCUAAAAUGCGAGUUUUUAUUUUUAAUAACUGUACCAAGGAAUAAGUAUGAAAACAGUUCUCUGUUACCAUAUUUUGUAUUCUGGACUACUUACUGGUGAAAGCAACCAUGCAAAAGAAAUUAAUUUGGCCAGGCACAGUGGCUCAUGCCUGUAAUCCCAGCACUUUGGGAGGCCAAGGUGGGUAGAUCAUCUGAGGUCAGGAAUUCAAGACCAGCCUGGCCAACAUGGUGAAACCCCGUCUCUAGUAAAAAUCCAAAAAAAAAAAAAAAAAAUUUAGCUGGGCGUGGUGGCAGACACCUGUAAUCCCAGCUACUCGGGAGGCUGAGGAAAGAGGAAUCACUUGAACCCAGGAGACGGGGGUUGCAGUGAGCUGAAAUCAUGCCAUUGCACUCCAGCCUGGGCAGCAAGAGCGAAAAAGUCUAUCUCAAAAAAAAAGAAAGAAAAGAAAUUAAUUCAGAUGAUGUGACAUUACUAAAUUGUAUACAUAUUUAUAAAUGUGUAUUUCAGCUGUCUCAUCAGCCCUCCCCUCCAUUCAUUCCUAUUUUUCUGUAGUUAAGAAUACUGUAAAAAUGUGACUAUUCCUUAAUAUCAGAAAAGAAUGCACAGGCUGAGUCUUCCGGUCAAAAGUUAAAUACUGAUGGAAUCAAGUAUUUUGUAUGAAGUUCUCAUUUGUUAUCUCUAACGCUAUUUUGUGUUUUGCAUAUAGUAUUAUAGUAUGUGUAUAUCACUUUUUGUAUAGAGUAAGCAAUUGAAUAAUUUGUUAGUAAAAAUAAUACCACAUUGACUGAUACUGCUAUAGACAUAGCUUGAGUUUUAUGUCUCCUUUUUGCUCAUUUUCUAAGACUUAGGAGAAAGAAUAAAUCUAAAAUGACCAUUAAAACAUUCUCCAUUCCAGCUUGCUGUGUAACUUAGGAAGUAUAAAACUAUACUUCUCUUUAUCUGCAUGUAAGUUUGCUGUUAAAGUGUGAAUUUCUAAAUGUGUAUUUGGAAUUAUUUCCGUAGUUUAUUUCUGCAAACUAUGUAAAUUUGUUAUAUGUGUGAGUAUGUGUACAUAUGUAUAUUUUGGAGUAAUAUAAAAUUAAAGGGAACAAUCUUGCAUAGCUCUUUCACCAGUUUUAAAUUAUUGAUAUGUUAUUUUUAAGGACUCUUGACAAACUAGGGGCAAUUUCCUUAUAGUGGAGACCCAGUGAUUAUCAGCAGAUGAGGAAAUAGGUUAAAAAUUGCUAUGUGGCAAUUUGUAUAUAAAGUAAUAGGAUGUGAGAAAAAUACUGAAUCUUAAGAAUGACAUGGAAUUCUGUGGCAGAAACAAAAGAAAAAGUUGAUGUAGUAUAUACCUUCAACUGUGUUUUGAGUUGACUUUUUUUUUUUUCUUUAAGCUUUGGGUAAAAAUGUAUGAGGAGGGAGAGGGCCCAAUAUAAAUAUUUACAUCUUCUUACCUUUUUGGAAAUGGAAGAAGAUAAAUCUUGAGUUUUUCUACCUAUAUUAAUCAGGAAUUGCCCUUUGAAAAAAGUGCUAAAUAAAUGUUUUGAUUUUUUUUUUCAAGGGAAGUUAGGUGAAAGAAGGAAAAACAUCACAGGAAAGACUGUUAACAUUCUGUUUGUUGUCUGAGAGGUGAGGAACCAAAGGGAGGCAACUAAAGCGGGAAACCGUCUUGCUUUUUCUAAUCAGUUCUUGGAACAGAAAUGUGGAAGCUACCUUUAGGAACAUGGAGAAUUUCCAAACCAACAGGCAAAGGAAAGCUAGCGCACAAAAAUGACAUUCUGAAGAUGCAGGUUUCAGCCAGGCGCGGUGGCUCAAGCCUGUAAUCCUAGCACUUUGGGAGGCCAAGGCAGGUGGAUCACCUGAGGUCAAGAGUUAGAGACCAGCCUGGCCAACAUGGUGAAACCUCAUCUCGACCAAAAAAUGCAAAAAUUAGCCAGGCGUGGUGGUGGGUGCCUGUAAUCCCAGCUACUGGGGAGGCUGAGGAAGGAGAAUUGCCUGAACCUGGGAGGCGGAGGUUGCAGUAAGUCAAGAUCGCGCCAUUGCACUCCAGCCUGGACAGCAGAGCAAAAACUCCAUCUCAGAUAAAUAAAUAAACAAAUAUGCAGGUUUCAUUUUUGUUUUGAAUGCUUUACAUUACUAUUCCUAUCUUUUACUUUAAAAACUAGGAGUGAUGUUGUCAAGUUCAAAGGCAUGAGGGUGAUUGAUGGAUUGAGGUAAAUAGCCAAGUUUGUCUGUUUUUGUUUUUUAUAGUUACAGAGUCUCACUUUGUUGUCCAGGCUGAAGUGCAGUGGUGCAAUCAUAGCUCACUGAGAUUGCCAGGUUCAACAAAGAGGAAUUUAUAGGAUGGGGAUAUAGGGUAGACUUGACUCUGCUUUAUCCGGGAAAGCUUUUAAAACUCUGAGCCAGUUAACUUUGAGUAAGCAUAAAACAUACUGUACUGGUGUUUGUAUUUUUCAUGCCACAAUAUUAAAAUGGAAUUUUAAAUGUAGAUUAUUAUAAUCUAUAAAAGAUAAGUAUGCAUGUAUUAGGAUACUGGAAAAUAUGCAAAUCGUAGUAAAAAAAAGGGACUGCUCUAGGUUUUCAGUUAUAACUGAAUUUGCCAUGUGGGUAUAGGUAUAGUGUAAAUUACAUUAAUGUAGUAAAACAUCAAUUGUGGUUGGGUUUGUCUUUCAUUUAUGUGUAGUAUAGAAAUCACCUUUCUAAUAUGUGUUGCCAAACUAUUUGCCACCAUCUAUUUGGUGAAAUAUUCAUUGUCAUUGUGAUUUUCCACAAGUAUAAGUUCUUAAGUACUUUAUAGAUUCAGAAGUAAAUGCUGUCCUGUUCUCCAUCAGCUGUUCAUUUGUUACAGAUUUUGUAUUUCUUUUUUUUUUUUUUUUUUUUGAGAUGGAGUCUCACUCUGCCACACAGGCUGGAGUACAGUGGUGCGGUCUCGGCUCCCUGCAACCUCUGUCUCCCGGGUUCAAACGAUUCUUCUGCCACAGCCUCCUGAGUAGCUGGGACUACAGGUGCCUGCCACCACCCCUGGCUAAUUUUUGUAUUUUUUUUCUUUUUUUUUUUUUGAGAAGGAGUCUCUCUCUGUCACCCAGGCUGGAGUGCAGUGGCACGAUUUUGGCUCACUGCAAGCUCCGCCUCCUGGGUUCACGCCAUUCUCCUGCCUCAGCCUCCCGAGUAGCUGGAAUUACAGGCGUCCGCCACCGUGCCCGGCUAAUUUUUUUGUAUUUUUAGUAGAGAUGGGGUUUUGCCAUAUUGGCCAGGCUGGUCUCGAACUCCUGACCUCAAGUGAUCCACCCACCUCGGCCUCCCAAAGUGCUGCGAUUACAGGCAUGAGCCACCGCACCUGGCCAGAUCUUUGUAUGUCUUAAGUGUUUCAAAGUUUUAAGCAUUUUUCUGGGGGGAUGUCCAUUUUGGAGGGAUCCAUUUUGAUCCUUUGUACUCUAUAAUGUGAACUUUCCCCUGUUCCAACACUUAAAAGAGAAUUAUUAGCACAUAAUCUAAAAGAUGGAAUUUUUUUUUUCUUGAGACAGAGUCUCGCUCUGUCGCCAGGCUGGAGUGCAGUGGCGCGAUCUCGGCUCACUGCAACCUCUGCCUCCUGGGUUUAAGCGAUUCUCCUGCCUCAGCCUCUGGAGUAGCUGGGACUACUGGUGCAUGCCACCACACCCGGCUAAUUUUUGUAUUUUUAGUAGAGACAGGGUUUCACCAUAUUGGCCAGGAUGGUCUCGAUCUCUUGACCUCGUGAUCCGCCUGCCUCGGCCUCCCAAAUUGCUGGGAUUACAGCACUGUGCCCAGCUAGGAAAUUAUUUUUUAAGUGAAAUUUUAUUUUAUUUUUUUUUAGGAUUUUGGUAGAGAAUGAGUAGGCCUACUCAUCAAUAUCAAACAGGACAUUUAGUUUCUUUCCUUAGAACAGACAUAAAUUUAAUUUCAUGGUAAUAUGAUAAUAAGAAAAUGCUUCUAUUUUUCUUUAGCACCUCCAUGGUUCUCAUAUACCCAUGUCUGUAAAAAGUGACAUGAGAAUUUUGUUGGGUUACAUUUUAUUGUAUUUAUUAGAUUCGCUUAUAUAGAUGACUUAGGCAGAAAUAAAGUCAUGUCUUUACAAGGUGAACAAGCCAACUUGUGAUGGCCUGCCUUUUGCUUUUGGCAUUUGGGAUGAGAACAACUGACUCUCCCAUUGGUUGUUAGAUAGUUGAAAUGGUGCGUUGGUGGUCAUACUUAGUGUUCUAGGCUGUGAAAUCAUGGAGUUCUUCCACUUCCAAGAAUGACUCAUUUGCUGUUGGAUUCUAGUACAGAAUUUAGCAGCCUGAUGUGUCCCCAAACUGAUUUAAUUUCUACUGAAGUGCCCUUGUGUACAUUUGUUUUGUAAUUUACCAAAGUACUACCUGAGUGUAUAAUGACUCCUGCAGUGAGUUAAUGUAAUUGCUGCUUUGACCAUUGUUUUAAAUCUGUGUACUAGAGUAACUGUGAGCAGAAUAAAAUCACAUUAUCUCAAUGUUCAAAAUAUCAUUCUAAUAAAGUACAUGCAUUAAACAAUUUUAAAAA